AUGGCGAACAAGGUGCUCAUGGCCUAUGUGGCCGCUGACGUCCUCUUCGUCGCGAUGGGUGCCGUCAUGCUCGGCUUUUCGAUCAUCGUCAAGAACUCGAUGUUCGAUGCGCCGACGACAGGAGGACAGGCAGCCCGGAAUAUCCUGUACCAGCAGUUUCCCCUCACAGCUGGUAUCGUCAACUCAAUUUUCGUUUUUGUCACCUUCGCGGCGACGAUCCCCGCCAUCACGAUGCCGACCCGUGGCUGGUUGAAGGUCAGCGGCUACAUGGCAACCAUCACCGCUCUUUUCUCAGUCAUCGUCGGUCUCUACCUGUGGAUCCUUACCCUUAAGUCAAAGGAGACACUGGCUCCUUUGUGGCGGGCAGCAACGGCGCAGACCCAGGAGCUCAUGCAGACUGAGUUUGCCUGCUGCGGAUACUUCAACAGCUCAUCUCCAGCCUUUAUCACCGACGCCACCUGCCCGAGUCCCGCAGCCGCCGCCAUGGUGCGCGGCUGCGCGUCGCCCCUGGCUAGCUUCGCCAACGUCUUCGUCGACGACAUCUUCACGGCCGUCUUCGGCAUGGCCGGCAUCGACGCCCUGCUGAUUGUUGCCACCGCAUGCCUGCUCAAGGAACGCAAGGAGAUGGAGCGUUUCCGCCACAUCGACGAGAAGUCCGGCUACCGCGGUAUCUAA